GAUGGCUGCUGCCUCCUCUUCAGAGAAGCAUCAGCCUCUCCUGCAGCUCCAAGAAGUGGACUCCAGUCGCGUUAUCAAUCGCGUCAUCUCCCCGGGGGCCAGCGCCUCCUCUCCCAGCCUGUCUCUAGAAAGCAGCCAGCCCAUCUGCAUCCCGUCCCCCUACACCGACCUCGGCCACGACUUCACCCCCAUCCCCUUCUACAGCCCGGCCAUCUUCAGCUACGCGGGCCAGAGCAUCUCGGAGUGUCCCUCCGUCCACCAGUCGCUGAGCGCCUCCUUGUUCUGGCCCGGGCACGGCCACGUGGGGGCGCCCAUCCCGCUGCACCGCUCCCAGGCCCGACAGCUGCACGACCAGCCCGUCCACAGUCCCUGGGACACUGUCCUGACCGCCAGCAAGAGUGUGAGGAAACGUUCCCAGGACAGCGAGGAGGCCGUGGUGUCAUCGGGCGGGAAAACGGACCUCCAUUACUGCGCUGUGUGUCACGACUACGCUUCAGGAUACCACUACGGCGUCUGGUCCUGCGAGGGCUGCAAGGCCUUCUUCAAGAGGAGCAUCCAAGGUCAGACGCAAAGACACAACGACUACAUCUGUCCGGCGACAAACCAGUGCACAAUAGACAAAAACCGCCGUAAGAGCUGCCAGGCGUGCCGCCUUCGCAAAUGCUACGAAGUUGGCAUGACCAAAUGCGGUAUCCGGAAGGAGCGUGGCAGCUUCAGGAGCUCCCAGUCGAGGCGAGUGACCCGUUUCUCCUCCCCCAGCAGAACCAGCGGACCAAAGGCGCUGACCGGACCGGCCGAGGGUCCCGCCAGCGAGCCCCCCCCGCCGGCGCUGAGCCCCGAGCAGCUGAUCGAGCGGAUAAUGGAGGCAGAGCCGCCCGAGAUCUACCUCAUGAAGGACAUGAAGCGGCCGCUGACCGAGGCCAACGUCAUGAUGUCGCUCACCAACCUGGCCGACAAGGAGCUGGUUCACAUGAUCAGCUGGGCCAAGAAGAUCCCAGGGUUCGUGGAGCUCAGCCUCCUGGACCAGGUGCACCUGUUGGAGUGCUGCUGGCUGGAGGUGCUGAUGAUCGGACUGAUGUGGAGGUCAGUGGACCACCCAGGGAAACUCAUCUUCUCCCCUGACCUCAGCCUGAGCAGAGAAGAGGGAAGCUGUGUCCAGGGCUUCGUGGAGAUCUUUGACAUGCUGGUGGCUGCGACAUCCAGAGUGAGAGAGCUCAAGCUGCAGAGAGAGGAGUACGUCUGCCUCAAGGCCAUGAUCCUCCUGAACUCCAACAUGUGCCUCAGCUCCUCCGAGGGCAGCGAGGAGCUGCAGAGUCGCUCCAAGCUGCUGCGUCUCCUGGACGCCGUGACAGACGCUCUGGUGUGGGCCAUCGCCAAGACCGGCCUCACCUUUCGUCAGCAGUACACCCGCCUUGCCCACGUGCUCAUGCUGCUCUCACACAUCCGCCAUGUCAGCAACAAAGGCAUGGAUCACCUCCACUGCAUGAAAAUGAAGAACAUGGUGCCUUUGUACGACCUGCUGCUGGAGAUGCUGGACGCCCACAUCAUGCACAGCUCCCGCCUGCCUCGGCGCUCGCCGCCUCAGGAGUCUGCGGACCAGAGCGAAGCUCCCGCCCCGCCGCGGCCCGCCGGAGACGGCCCCUCCAACACCUGGACUCCCAGCAGCCACGGGGCCGGAGGUCAACCCAGGCAGUCCUAUCCCAAUUGAAAUGCAAUGGAUUUUAACUCUGCUUUUGCACAAGUUGAGAUCACAGAAGUGAUGAGACGGUCUGUCUGGAUUGAGAGCUGGAUUCUCGAUGUCACUGGUUAACCACACACACACACACACACACACACACACACACACACAAACACACACUGUGCAUUAUUUCUGGUGAACUUCUGCAAUCAUGAAAGUUAAAAAGCAGCGCAGGCUCAGUAAAAACUUGUAGGAUUCGUCGCCUUGCUGCCAUUUAUUAUUAUAUAUCGGGGCAACACAAACACUUACAGGAAGUGCUGUCAUGCUAAUAGUUUUGCUAAAUAUACAUGUAACAUGUUACUGUCCGUCUUUAUGUCAGUUUUUUUUUUUCGUAAUGGUUUGGAUCCAGCUUGAACCACAGAAACUUUAAGGCAGCAAACAAAGACUGUGGGGUGUUCAAAGGCGUUUAUUGAAUUUUGAAACAUCUCUCAUCCUUUGCUGGUACAAUCCUGGAGUUGUGUGAGGCAGAUCACGUAGGAGCAGGCAGGCUGUCUGAGAUCUAAGAGGUUUGGUUAAAAAAAAAAAAAAAAAAUACAAAUGCAUGUUUAAGUUAACUUGAUAAACUUAAACUGUGAAUUUAACCUGCUCACUGCCUUUAUGCAUUUUUAGCAGUUUGUUGAUAUUUCAUCUUAUUCUCAGGUCAUCUAUGAUGGCUUUUUACACUCAUUUGUUGUUGGUGGUGAUGAUUUUGUGCAUUUCCGUGCAGACAUCGUGUGAUCCGCCUGUUUCGAUUUGGCACAACUUUUACACCAGAUGCCCUUUUCUGAUGCAGCCUGACCAGUUGGGGUCAAAGGCCUUGCUCAGGGACCCACAGCGGUAAGCAGUAGGAUUCAAAUCAGCCAUAACAAACGUCUAUGCCAACACUGCCCAACCCUGUGUCGCCAUUGCAUUCGAUAGACAGUAAAUUGUCCAUAUUGAGCAUACAGCAGUUACCCUGGACUCCAGUUCAUCACAGGGAAAACACAGAGCCAGAGACCUUCACACACACUCACUGACCCCUAAAGGCGAUGUAGGAUUAUCAAUGUACCCGAUGAAUAAACAGUUUUCCUCUCGCACAAAGGUUAAAACCAUUAUAUCAAUGUUUGAUAACUACACUGCUCGAAAAAAAUAGAGGAACACUUUUUAAUCAGAGUACAGCAACCUAGCAGUCAGACUUCUGGGAUAUUGAUCUGGGCGUUUAAGUAGCAGAGGGGCUUGUUAAUCAGUUUCAGCUGCUCUGUUGUUAAUGAAAUCAACAACAGGUGCAACAGAGGGACAACAAUGAGACGGCCCCCAAAACACGAAUGGUUUUCCAGAUUCCCCUCCUCAUCUCUUUUGGCUGAUUUUUUUACUGACUGACUUUCUACUGCUGUAGUUUUUCAUUCGGCUUGGAUCAACACCUCUGUGGAUAGCAUGGUGCGGUACCUGGACGCUACAGAGGCUGCACAAGUAGUCCAACUCCUCCAGGAUGGCACAUCAACAUGUGCCGUUGCAAGAAGGUUUGCUGAGUCUCCUAGCAAAGUCUGAAGAGCAGGGAGGAGAUUCCAGGAGACAGGUAGUUACUCCAGGAGAGCUGGACAGGGCUGCAGAAGGUCCUUAAACCCUCAGCAGGAUCGGUAUCUGCUCCUUUGUGCAAGGAGGAACAGGAUGAGCACUGCCAGAGCCCUACAGAGUGAACUCCAGCAGGCCACUGGUGUGAAUGUUUCUGACCAAACAAUCAGAAACAGGCUCCGUGAGGGUGGCCUGAGGACCCGACGUCCUGUAGUGGGCCCUGUGCUCACUGCCCUGCACCGUAGGGCUCGAUUGGCAUUUGCCGAGGCAUAUCCCUGGAAGGACGCAUAGACCUCCACAGGUUAGAUGAUGGAAUCCUGACUGCUAUUAGGUAUCAGGAUGAAAUCCUUGGACCCUUUGUCAGAACCUACGCUGGUGCAGGGGGACCUGGGUUCCUCCUGGUCCAUGACAAUGCCCGACCUCAUGUGGCUAGGGUGUAUGGGCAGUUCCUGGAGGAUGAAGGAAUUGAUACCAUUGACUGGCCCCCACGUUCACCUGACCUAAACCCAAUAGAACACCUCUGGGACAUUAUGUUUAGGUCUAUCCGGCGCGGCCAGGUUGCUCCUCAGACUGCCCAGGAGCUCAAUGAUGCCCUGGUCCAGAUCUGGGAGGAGAUCCCCCAGGACACCAUCCGUCGUCUGAUUAGGAACAUGCCCCGAUGUUGUCAGGCAUGCGAACAAACACGUGGGGGCCACACAAACUACAGAGAAUCAUUUUGAGUUGCUACAAUGACAUUUUGGCAAAACGGACCGACUGCGUCAUUUUUUCACUUUCAUUUUAGGGCUGUCUUUGAUUUCCCCCUCUAUAGGGUGAUCAUUUUCAUUUCUAUGAAAUUGUGUGGCAACAUUUUGUUACUAAUACAUCACUUAUUUAUUAUCAGGAAAGAUAUUCAAGAUCAUUUUUCUCCCUGUUUUCGAUCUGAUGUGUUUUCGAAGUGUUCCUCUAAUUUUUUUGAGCAGUGUAUAAUUUAGUGAAACACAUGGAAGAAUCUAAAAAGAUGACGGCAGUGAUUUGUAUUAUUUGCAGUUGUGCUGUUCCUACGAGUCUCUGGUCGACCACUACAGGGUGCUUUCAGUCAUCUCAUGCUUACACCUGCCUGCCCUUAAAGUAAAGUAAAACACCUCCAAUCUGUUGGUUGUGAAACAUAUCUUCAGUUGCUCUUAAACUGGCAAGUUUGUGCCAAGUAAAAAAAAAAAAAGAGGCUAUUUUUGUAUUUUGUACCUUGCUACACUACGGCACACGAUGCAGCAUAGACAGUCAGGACUACUACAGGAUUUCUGGUCGUUCACCAUCUGCAGGCCUCUGGACUUCUGUACCUCUGCAGCCGCUCUGUUUGCCUUGUGCUUUUUCCUCCGGUCACUCAAUGUCACCGCGCAGCAAACUAUAUUAUCACUGUGUACUUUCAGUGUACUCCUUGUUCCUGAAAGGAAUGUAGGUCUUUGCUUAUUUCUGCCUUUCAAAUAUUGAAUGUGUAAACUAGUAAAAUUCAAAGUAA